AUGGCAAAAUUAUGCAGUCCGUUUGGGUCAUCACCCCCAGUAUUUUCUACUUUCAACGAUUUGGUACCGAAUUACUUUGCCGAUGAUUAUUGCAUUAGUGCCGAUACAUUCGAUAUGUCCGAUACAUUCGAUAUGCCCUCUAUAUAUGGUGACAUACAAAAAAUGGAAGCCGAUCUUGGUAACAGCGAUUACUCCUCGUCAUGUGUAGAUUCAAUGGAUUUCGAUGAUAUUGACAUUAAACCGGAAGUGCGUAAUAAUGAUCUGAUGUGGUCGGCACCAAAUAGCAACAUUUUGAGUACCUCAGCAUCGUCGGUUUCCAGUGAUAUAUGCUCAGCUGCACCACUUUCGGCGGUUAUGGGUAAUUCACAAAGACCCUUGCAACAACAGCAACAGAGACCCCAGCCAACUGUGGUCAUGGCCAAGAAAUUCAAUAGCAUGGGUGAAAUUGUUAGCAUAAAGCAAGAACAAGAUUUGGAACAGCAUUUGGAACCCCAUAGUAUACCCAAUAUCAAGGUGCAGUCGACAACAACAAAUAUGCAAAAUAUUGCACCGGGUACCUCGCUAUUGCGUAAAUCGGCCAAUUAUCAGCAACAAAAGAAAUUGCAACAGCAACAACGUAACAGCAUGUCGUCCUCAUCAAUGCACACAACCAAACGUGGUGAUCAGCUAUUGCCCAGUGCCACCACAUUAAAUAUCCACAACAGCAACAACAACACCUGCUCCUCAUCAUCAUUAUCCUCCCUGAACCUUAGUAAUUGCAGCAGUAAUUCAUCCACAUCAUCCAUCUAUCAGCGUCCCGAUACCCCACACAGUUUAGAUGAUGAUUGUACACCCGAUUUCCGACACAAUGUUGAUUUGCGCGCCUGCAUUAUGGGCAGCAAUAACAUCUCCUUGACCGCCGAUCCCGACAAUUUCAUCCAUCACGUUAGCCAGGAACUGCAGGAUACAAGUAAAAAACAAAUCGAUACACGUUUAAUAAGUGGCUGUUCGUUAACCGAAGUUUUGGAUGUUAUCAAUUCGAAUGUAUCCUCCGAUUCAUCAGCAGCAGCAACGAAAACCACAUCAACGACGUCAUCAGCGGUGGUUACAACAAUAUCAAAUGGAGGAAAUAUAAAUAGUAGCAGCAGCAGCGGCUGUUCAACAAUGGGUUCCUACGAUUGUGAUUCGGAUUCGGAAGAAUUGUUAAGUACGUCAUCGUUAACGGAUCAUGAGAUCACGUAUGGAGCCGGUGGUGUAUCGCCCGUCUCAAGUCAAUCGUCAAAUAUCGGCUUAACACACAAUUAUAUGCAGCAUAGUGAUCACAGUUAUACACGCUGCAAAGAUGGCAUGGAUGAUAUUAGCACAAAUUUGGAGACACCUUCGGAUUCCGAAGAAGAAAUCGAUGUCGUCUCUAUUACGGAUAAAAAAUUACCCACAAAUCCCUCGGAUAAGGAUCGUCGUGCCCUACAAACCAAGGUCGCUCACAAAUUCAAUGCUGCUCGUAUUGUCAAAACACCGAACGGUAUUCGUACAAUACCGCCUCGUCGUCGUGGCUCUUACGAAUUGCCAUACACCCCAGCCAGCAAUAGCCCGGUCAAAUCGGUCAACAAUUCGCGAUUCCCCUCACCGGCUGCCACACCCUAUCAAAAUCAAUAUACCACCAAAUAUGUACAACAACAGCAACAACAAGUUAUGUCCGUUGUUGUGACAGAUUCCAAUACCGGUGUCCCAUUGAAUAUUUUGGGUACAACGGAAAAAUCACGUAAACGUUUGCUGGCAACAAAUUGUGCUGCUACCACCACCACCACAAUCAUUAAUGGUGAAAUAAUUAGUGGGACAGUGUUGCCACCUAGUAAAAAGCAUCGUGGCAAAAAGACCAAACAUAUGGUCUCCACCAUACAUUUGCAACCUGCUUCGGGGGCCGUAAGUCGUAGCAUUAGUUUGGAUGAAUCGGCUGAUACCAUUGAGAAGCGUAAUCUCCAUAAUGAUAUGGAACGUCAACGUCGUAUUGGUUUGAAAAAUCUUUUCGAAGCUUUGAAGAAGCAAAUACCAAGCAUUAAAGAUAAGGAAAGGGCACCCAAGGUGAAUAUUUUGCGUGAGGCCGCCAAGCUGUGUGAGGCCUUGACCAAAGAAGAUCAACAGCUGUGUGAGCUGAAGGCUAAGCUUAAGGAGGAGAUGCGGCGGAAACAGGAGCUAUUAAAUCAAUUGAGACAACAACAAAGAGAUUGA